AUGUCUGAAAAAAGGAAUGUUCUUCUGUUCAUAGCCGAUGACCUUGGAAAGCAGCUCGGCUGCUACGGCGCGAAAUAUAUCGCCACGCCAAACAUCGAUCGACUUUCGAAUGAGGGAACACGGUUUGAAAAUGCCUUUGCAAGCACUGCCUCCUGUAGUGGCAGCCGUUCUGUCAUUUAUACCGGUCUCCAUACUCAUCAGAAUGGACAGUAUGGACUUGCCAGUCAUCGACACCAUUUUGUUACAUUUGAUCACGUUGAGACAAUGCCCCAUUUACUGAAUCAAUUUGGAUAUCAGACGGGUAUCCUAGGAAAGAUUCAUGUUGGGCCAUCCAAUGUGUACCCCUGGGGAGAGAUACAAGAGAGUAAUACAAGGGAUGUCGCUCUGGUCGCCGACCAAGCAAGAGAGUUCUUUGGAAACGCUAGCAAAAGUCCAGAUCCAUUCUGCUUAACGGUUGGAUUCAUUGACCCACACCGCGAUUCAACACGAGGUGGAUUUGGGAAUGACACAUUGUACGAUCCUCGAAUCAUACACGCAGAUUAUAGCCCAGAUGAUGUGGAGGUCCCUCCAUUUAUCAGUGACACACCUGGUACUCGAUUGGAGUUAUCUCAAUACUAUAACUCAAUCCAUAGGCUUGAUCAGGGUGUUGGUAUGACACUGGAUGCUUUAUCUGAUGCAGGGCUGACAGAUUCCACCCUCGUCAUCUUUAUCAGUGAUAAUGGGCCACCUUUUAUCAACUCGAAGACAACAUUGUAUGAUGCAGGGGUACGACUACCUUUAAUUAUCAAAGAUCCCCUCAAGCCGCCAGCUGUCAGCCCAAAUCUGGUCUCGUAUGUUGACAUUCUCCCCACUAUUCUCGACUAUCUGGGACAUCCAGGGGUUGAAGAUAAAAGUGGGAAGCGCAUUGGGCGCUCUCUUAUUUCAGUUCUUGGCAACACCUCUGAGCUUCCUGGGUUCGAUCAUGUGUUUGGUUCUCAUACAUUCCAUGAGGUCACAAACUACUGGCCCACUCGUUUUAUCAGAGACCGUCAAUUCAAGUAUCAUCGAAACCUAGCAUGGCGACUGGACUUCCCGUUUGCUGCUGACUUAUACGGCUCUCUUUCCUGGGAGGAUGUUCGAAAUUCAACAGAAAAGGAUAUCAUGAUUGGUGAUCGAAAACUAAAGGACUUUUUCUUUCGGCCACCUGAAGAGCUCUAUGACUUGCAAAAUGAUCCAAAUGAGGUCAACAACCUGGUGGAUGAUCCAGACUACACUUCCGUAUUGACGACUUUGAGAUCUAAGCUCGAGACUUGGCAACGUAGAACAGAAGAUCCUUGGCUUUACCGCGAUGGCGUGUCUCUCUGGUUUAUACGGCACCAUUUGGCCGCUGGGUUAAAAGUUCCAGAUAUAUUGGACUUGGAUAUCGAUAAACCCGGAAACCAGGAAGGCAAAUUUGUUGAACAAAGACAGUGGGGGUGA